UUCCUAUGAAAUGACUAAAGAUAGGUCGAAAAAGAAUUCUUUUGUGGGUCUGAAGAUUGAUAUUGUGGCAAUUGAUUAGUGAUUAUAAAGUUGGAAUACAAAGUACAAAAGGAGAUUUCCUAUGUUUUUGAGUACGAGUGCCUCCAAGCCCCAAUAGGGGUGGUCACUACCUGAUUACGGUCUAACUUUCAGGGUUCAGAGGAUUAGAUUUACAGCAUUACUUAUAUUUAAUUUAUAUGGGUUUGGAGCUAGUUAAUCCAUUCUGCUGAAUUGGCUUUGCUUGGAUAUAUUGUCUCCAGAACCUUUAUAUUUCGAUCUUAAACGGGAUUGCAAUCCAGAAAAAACAGUAUCUUAUGGACUUAUAAUAACAAUGAGUAGUCUCUCGUUUCAUAGCUCUUUGUAUAUAGGAUGUUCUUAAAUCUGUAGAUAUACAUAUGCAUCAAAUAGUUUAUUCAAAAGGAUAAAUCAUUGGCCAUUUUGUCUGGCAUUCGUCUGUAAAGAUUCAGUUUCCGGUAGAAAGAUAACAAAAAUGCCGGCAGAAAUUGCGUACAACUUAGCAGAGACAAAAUGUGAGGCGAUAGAUCAUAUACAACUUCAAACUACCUGCUGUCAACUCCUCCCUUAAAUAUAUACAUCUACAUACAUAUAUAAAUUCAAAACCCCAUAAAGCAUUUUGUGUCAUCAGUUAUCUCCAUUAGAGUUUCUUUUCAAUGGCAAUCAAGGUUCAUGGAUUGGCGGUGGCAGCCUGCACUGUACGCGUCCUGCUUUGCCUUCACGAAAAGGGCCUCGAAUAUGAGCUUGUACCUGUUGAUGUUUUCAAUGGAGCCCAUAAGAAACAACCUUAUUUAUCUCUAAAUCCAUUUGGGCAGAUUCCUGCAUUGGAAGACGAAGAUAUCAAACUCUUUGAAUCCAGAGCCAUCUGCAAGUAUCUGGCAAACAAGUACAAGGACAAAGGAACUGAUUUGUUAAGGUCAAGUAGUCUAAAGGAGUCGGCAAUUGCAGAGAUUUGGAUGGAAGUAGAAGCUCACCAGUUAAAUGGUCCACUAAGGGCACUUAUCCACCAAUUUGUCUUGAAUCCACUCCGCGGGAAAGUUCCUGACGAGAAGAUUGUGGAAGGUGAGCUGGAGAAGCUGGAGAAAGUUCUUGACGUCUAUGAAGAAAGACUGUCAAAAUCUAAAUAUUUGGGCGGUGAUUUUUACACCAUGGCUGAUUUGAACAACUUACCAUAUCUUCUGUAUUUCAUGAAAACUCCCAAAGCCAGUUAUGUGACUUCUCGUCCCCAUGUUAAUGCUUGGUGGAAUGAUAUUUCUUCCAGGCCUGCAACCAUUAAAGUUUCAGAAGGCAUGACAAUGAUCUAGGAAAUUAAUGGAAAUGAACUGUAUUAUCAAAUAUAGAAUAAAAGGGUGUUUUAACAGGUUGAUGUUGUCUCAAUUCACGAAUCUUAAUUUUGUUGGUUUUUAUGUAUAAUCUGCUAUGUGCCAGAAUAAAAUAUUUGGUUCUAUUGAACUUUGUAAUUUUACAAGCAUGCAUAAAUAUUUUAUUCAAAUCAAUACCUCAGAAUCCAUCCUGUCUUGAUUUCAUCUCCAAGAAUGUUAUUCUCGGCCGCAAGAUAACAAAAAAUGCC